AUGAGCAAUGAUACAAGUAUCAAGUUCGAGUUUAAUCAGGUACAACAACAGGUACUCGCGACUGGUAAUGUGUCUAUCGAUAAUAUCGACAAUCGUCGUUCAACUGGAAAACAUUUCCGAAAUGAUGAAGAGGAAACAACGGGUGAUGUAAUCCCACUGGAGCAGACGAAAAAGCUUCCUUGUGAGUUUAAAACUCCCCAAAUAAAGAGACCGAGAAAUGUUCCCUCUAUGAAUAAUCUGCAACAAGAAUCAAUUGUUGACACUGGGCUGACAACUAGCGAUGAACUUAAUACCGAAAAAUCAGGAGAGGUAAAUGGGCUGACAACUAGCGACGAACUUAAUACCAAAAAAUCAGGAGAGGUAAAUGGGCUGACAACUAGCGACGAACUUAAUACCGAAAAAUCAGGAGAGGCAAAAACGUUUGGUGUUUCAUUUGACGAGUUUAUUGACUCAGACAAAAGUGAGGUAACUGAGCCAAGUGAAGUUCUUGAGGAUGAGAACGAUGAGGAAGUAAAGUUUGAUCUUAAUGAUAUAUCAAGAGAAUUACAGCGCGAGCCAGCAGUUAAA